GAAUUUGUGAGUUUUCCUUCCCAUCCCAGCCUCAGACUGACGCAUUCACAUAUCAGCGCUUCAGCAAAAACUUCAGGCUCAGGUCUAUGUACCUAAAUCCACACGUGAACACCAAUCAAAAUGCUUGCUGAAACUCUCCUCCAGCAGUGAUGCCAGCCUUCAGCCCUCCCGGCCCUCUCCUCUGUGUGCUGCUGUGUGUGUCGGUGGCUCUGCAGCGCUCUGACCUGCGCCUGGCAUAUGUGACCCACAACAGCUUCUUGUACUACUCCUGCAGCCAGGACCCCCAGCCCUGCAGCAUCUCAUCACUUGCAGACUGCAAAUGCAAGGACAUCCAGCUAUCCACCCUGCAUCGCCCCCAGUCACACUCGUCUCCUGUUUUCCGGAUGAGACGUUUAACUGUUUGGUUCACGUCACCUUUAAACACAGCCCGUCUGCUCAACAACUCAGAGGUGAGACACCUCACCCUGAUCCACUGUGGAGGAUCCAAAGAGACCCCUUCUUCUGCCAAGGAGGGACAUUUUGCUGUGCAGCACCUUGAAAGGCUGACAGUGGUGAACAUGGAGCAGAGGUCAGUUCACCACUGUCCGGACGCAAACAGAGCCAAAAACACAGACUCAAACAGUGACCAAGACACAGAUAACGGCGCUCACUUAGACACAAACAGAUACAACAGAGAUAGAGACACAAAUUUGGGCUUGAUUGCAGACAUGAAGAGAGAUUCCUUGGCUUUGUCCUCACCGCACAUCCAAGACAUCUUCCUGGGCAGGGAGCUGGGAGCGGCAUAUCAUGAGCAGGCCAGACUGGGAAUCAUCCACAGCUCUGUGCUGGAGUGGGGAGCCGUGGUCAAAGCCUACACAGUUCAGACACACAUAGACAAUGACGGCGUGCUGCCCUUCCCUGACCUCCACCUGCCAAAAUUACCAGUGACAUCUGUCAUAUAUGUCAGUUUUGUUUACUAAUACCAAAUAACUUUUUGAGGAGGGCACAAUUGGAGGAGGAUGAUCUAGUGUUCAGCAUGGAUGGAUUACUAAAAGGAACCAGGGGCCCAAGGCAUCAGGAGCCCCUCUGACCUUCACUUGCAAAGUGUCACUCAAAUCAACACGUACUGACCAGCAAGUCUGAAAGAGACACAAACAAACCACAAAGAGACACAAAAAGACCAGAGAGAGAGAGAGACUGCAAAAAGGGGCAAA